CCUUGUACUAGAGCUGAGAAGUUAAAACCACGCUAUUGCAAUUUCCGCAGAGAUUAGUGUAAUGGAGAACCCAGCAUGCAAGCCCAACACUCAUAGAAUUGUCUGCUGCAUUGGCGACAUUCACGGACACAUCGACAAGCUCCAAAGCUUAUGGUCCAAUCUCGAAACCCAAAUCGACCCAUCUCAUUUUCAAUCUGCUUUGAUCAUUUUCUUGGGCGAUUACUGUGACCGUGGUCCCAACACUUCCAAAGUUCUUGAUUUUCUCAUUUCUCUGCCUUCUAAAUACCCUAAGCAAACCCAUGUUUUUCUGUGUGGGAAUCAUGACUUUGCUUUCGCAGGCUUCCUCGGAGUUCUUCCGGAGCCUGCGGACGGGUCCAAGUUUUCGGAUACGUGGAGUGGGUUUGAGAUGAAUGAGGCGAGAGAAGGGUGGUACAAAGAAGAAGGGUACGAGAGAAUGCAUGUUCAAUCUAGAAAGUGGGGUGGGAAGAAAAGUGGGUUCACUGGCAAAGGUUUCGCGCUCAUGGGAUCACUUUAUGAUGCUGCUCCGACUUUCGAAUCUUAUGGGGUUCCUCAUGGCUCACCUGAUCUAAUGAAGGCAGUUCCUCCUGAACACAAGAAGUUUCUUGCUGAUUUGGUUUGGGUUCAUGAAGAGGAAAAUGUCGGCAUAGAGACUGCGGAAGGAAUCACAGAGUACAAAUUAAUAGCUGUGCAUGCUGGAUUGGAAAAGAAGAGAGGUGUAGAAGAACAGCUGAGAUAUCUGAAAGCCAGGGACACCAGCAUUCCUAAGGUGGAGGCCCUUAGCGGCAGAGAAAACGUCUGGGAUAUGCCUGAGGAUCUGAGUAAUGCAGCAACUAUAGUGGUAAGCGGCCACCAUGGAAAGCUCCACAGCCAAGGCCUUCGACUGAUCAUCGAUGAGAGCGGCGGACGAGAGUAUAAUCCGAUGGCUGCUAUUGUGCUUCCGUCCAUGACAAUUGUCCGCGAUACUCAUGUGCUCAAGUGAUUAUUCGGACCCUCUGCUCAGCGGUCCACUACUUCACUGUCAUGGAAAUGUCACUUCCAGUAUGCUUACUUAGUUGUGUAUUGGCAAUGGUGUUCUCAGUUGAUGAAUUAUGUACUAUGCUUAAUAUUGCGCUACGAGUAAUAAAUAAACGGUGAUGUUUGUAAUA